AUGGCUCCAAAUGUGCUUUAUAAUUACAGAAACCAUAGUUAUGAUAAGGUUUUACGGAGUUGCAAGUGGAAACUAAUGGAAAGAGAGCUGCAGUUAUUCAAACAAAAUGCUUUUGUUAAUGCAAUUGCUGUUGGUUUUAUCCUGCCAGCCCAACAGUCCACCAGCCCACCAGCCCACCAGUGUGCCAGUGCGCCAGCCUGCCAGCCUGCCUGCCGCUUGCUUUCACUGCUGCUGCCUUUUCACACCCAUCUGCUUGAGCCAGCAUUCCACACCGCUCCCUACCCAGCCUGCAGCUUGCGAAUCUUAGCUGUUUUAUUCCAAAUGGACCAAUUUACAGAGUUUUUGGACCCAUUUCAGAGAGUCAUCCAGCCAGAAGAAAUAUGGCUCUACAAAAAUCCACUGGUGCAGUCAGAUAAUAUACCAACGCGCCUCAUGUUUGCAAUCUCUUUUCUCACACCACUGGCAGUCAUUUUUGUGGUGAAAAUCAUCCGGCGAACUGAUAAGACUGAAAUUAAAGAGGCCUUUUUAGCGGUUUCCUUGGCUCUAGCUCUGAAUGGAGUCUGCACAAAUACUAUUAAAUUAAUAGUUGGAAGACCUCGUCCCGAUUUCUUUUACCGCUGCUUUCCAGAUGGAGUAAUGAACUCUGAAAUGCACUGCACAGGUGAUCCUGAUCUGGUGUCUGAGGGCAGAAAGAGCUUUCCCAGCAUCCACUCUUCCUUUGCAUUUUCUGGCCUGGGCUUUACAACCUUCUACUUAGCUGGGAAGUUGCACUGUUUCACAGAGAAUGGGCGUGGGAAAAGCUGGCGACUCUGUGCAGCGAUUCUGCCUCUGUACUGUGCCAUGAUGAUCGCCCUGUCACGCAUGUGUGAUUACAAGCAUCACUGGCAAGAUUCUUUCGUUGGUGGAGUAAUUGGCCUCAUUUUCGCUUAUGUUUGCUACAGACAGCACUAUCCUCCUUUGGCUAACACAGCUUGCCAUAAACCUUACGUCAGUCUUCGAAUUCCGAGCUCCCUGAAGAAAGAGGAGAGACCUACUGCUGAUAAUGCUUCUGGGAUGCCACUUGAGGGAAUAACAGAAGGACCAGUAUGA